AUGCUUCCUGAGGUUGCAAGCGAGCGGACCUCGGGACCAAUAAGGAUGAUGUCGGGCUUCACAACCAACAAGGCGACCCACGUCGUUAACUUUCGCAAACGCCUGUCUGCCUUGGAAAUGCAAGGCUCAUUAUUGUCGCGUAUGAUGGGACCAGCGCAUCAGGAUGUAGCAUUCUCGCACGACAGUCUAGUCAAGAACCAGGUGCUGCUGCUACAAUUGGUAAAGUCGCGAUGUGCACGAGGCAGGAGGCCUAAAGUAGGAAUGCAUUACACCAACAAUUCUGCUGACGAACCCAUCGGUGGAAAUAUCGGCUCGUUCGCUGAGUUCUCCAAGAGCUCUCGUGUCGCCUGGUAUAGCGCUAUCACGGUAUACACGUUCGGCUCCAUGUGCGCCCUUAUAUCCGCAAUUUUGACCUCCGGGGUUCGGGGGGUAUAUGUACCCAGUUCCGGCGUUCGCAAUGACAAUGUCGAGGUGCUAGAUUCUGUGUUCUUGCUGCAGCGCGGCAACGGCCACUUGCGCGUCCUUCUCGACGCUUGCGUCGAGCUUCACGAUCACGAGCCGGCUGUCGAGACCUAUGAGCAGCUUUUGCAGUGCAUGUGCGGACGUGAAGGUGUAAUCUUCUACCUCUUCUGGUAUUUUAGUCGUGAAAGUUUGACGGUGGUGGUUGUUCUUGCUAGAAGAGUAUGA